CAAGACCUUUUUCACCAAAUACAACGUGUGACAAUUGCGCGGAAUGGUACAGAAAAUGGUUAUUAGUUAAUUUAGUUGAAAUAUGGAAAAGAAAAGUUUGUAUUAAUUGGUGCUAUUACACACAACUUGCUUGUCCACAUUUGGCAACAAAUAAAGUUGUGGAGUUUGCCGGUCAUCCUGUUUUUUUAUGUAGAGGUAGGCACUAUUAAUGUUUGGUGUUAAUAUUUGUCAAGGAGCCAAUUUUACGAAUUUUAUUUGUGUUCAAAACUUGAAUGAAAAUACUUUUUAAUUUUUUCCGAAACAAUUAUUCAAAUUUUCGAGGAAAAAAUAAAAAAUAAUCUCGGUGAGGUAUAAAUGUUAAAUAAAUUUUUAAAGAUCAAAUGCUUUCGACAACAAAAUCAACAAGCGCUCUCGACUGCUCUUGUCUUCAUCCCUGUGAUUUGAUACGCAACAAAAUUGCUCAAUUCACCGUUGAAUCUGAACAAUUCAAUUCUUCUUCUGCUAAAAAACAACCAAUAACAACGACAUUCGAUUUCUUUCAUGUUUCUGCUUAUUGCCAAAAAAGAGAAAAGCGUUGCCAUGCAAAAACAAUUACCAAAAAGAAAAAUUAG